AUGAAUAAAGUAAGAUGUUCGAGAUUGUCAAGGUUGGUUAUAUUUAUUUUCUUUGAGGUUUUUAAUAAUCAUGAUCAAGAUACUGAAUUAAUAAAACAAACAGAUAGAAUAACUGAAGCUAAUCAUACCGCAGAAAAACUCAUUGCCAAUCAACAUACAUCAUCACAAGACAUUAUAAAUGAACAUUAUGAAGAAUUAAGAAUACAUAUUAAAAAUAGAAAUAUGACAGAAAAUUUAGUUCAACAAAAUCCAAUUGCAUCUCAAUCACAUCAAGAUUCACGACUAAAUCGUUCAUUAGAAACAAAUCAAGUUGUUGCGGUUACAGCAUCUUUUAAUUUAAAAAAUCUUCUUUCUUAUCAAGAUGUUAUGAAUGCAAUUGAACGUGAUUAUCAUUUACAUGAAGGACAAGAACGUGAAAUUAUUAUGAAAUUAUGGUUAAAAGGACAAACAAUGAUUUCUAUUUUACAACGUUUUAGAUAUUUAUUACAAGAUCUUAAUAUAGAUGAUAAAGAUUUUUCCGAAGGAUUAAAGCAAAUACGUGAAAGAAUAAAUUAUUCUCAUCGUGAUGUACAUUAUCUUCGUGAAAAAAUUCUUCUUCUUGAAAAUCAAUAUCAUUUUCUUGAAAAUGAAUUUCAACGACAAUUAGAUAAAAUUGUUGAAGAAAAAAAUGCACAUAUUAAUCGACUUAUUCAUAUUAUUGAUCAAACAUGUGUACGAACAACAGCUCAAACAAAAAAUCAUAUUAAUGAUGAAUAUUAUUCAUCAGGUAAUAUAUUUAUUAUGUUGAAGAAAGUUUUAGAAGAAAAAGAUCGAAAUGGUGAAGUUCAACAAUUAAUUGCACGUGCAGAAUUUAAUGCUCGUCAAUAUAUGACAGCUCUUAAUUUAACAGGUUUUACAUCACAAGCCACAUUAGUGAAGAUAGUGCCAUUAUCUUCAACAACACAAAUUUCAUGA